GCAAUUUUCUUGAGCCACCCAGUACAUUACAAACCUUUAAGUUGGUAUUACCAUUGGCAACAUCAAUUCCCCCAUGCCUCUUUCAAAAAACCAACAUAACCCCAAAUGCUUUGUGUUUUUUUUUUUUUAAUUUAAAUAGUCCUUGAUGGCACACAGGAACGCUCAUUGUUUAUACGACCACAAUCACAAUUUGCAAAUUUUCAAUAGAAAUGGUUUCAUCGAAAACCGGUGCGUGAACGUGAACGUGACCGAAUCAGCUGAGUAUAUUCAUAUAAAAGUGCGUGAUGUCUCCGAUUUUGUGUUUAACUACACGUCUCACAUUGAUUUAAGACACUUUGAGUUGAUGAGAAGUGAGCAAAGUUUAGAUAUUGAUUUCAAUGAAUUCAGAACGAAUUUAAUUGAUAUGUUGCAACAAGUGCAAACACACGAUAUGUUUUUAAAGUGUGAAAUUGACAGCAAUUUGGGUAAAUUAGUCUUUUAUGGGAAGUCCAAAAUCAAGUCAAUUAUUUUCCUAACAAUUGAUUUGCAAAUAACGAACCAGAAGGAGAUUUUUGAUGAGAUGAAUAGCAACAUUUUAGAAUUGCAAACAGCUAAUAAGAAUUUAGUUUCACAAUUAACAAUGUCACAAACUCGGUUAAGAGACAAAGACAACGAAAUUGAAAAGUUCAUUGUACUCAAUAAACAACUCGAAAAACGCUUCCUUAAAGACUUGCAAAAUCUGAAUUGUGUUUUUUCAACUAAACUACAAGAAUGUUCAGCUCUUCUAAUAACCAAAAUUCUGGCACUCACACAAAAAUUGCUGAAAUUAUACCAAGAUGUUGAAAUAGUCAAAACCGAAUCUCUCCUCAAGUCGGACUCAAGUGCUCGUUUAUUGCAAAGCAUGGAAAAUCUAAGACUUGAGUCGAUUGAAACAUCAAAAAUUGUCAAUGAACUGAAACGAGAAAACUGUAAUUUGAAAUCAAUACAGCUUAACAAUGAAAAACUCAUCACAGAUUUAAACAACACACUUCAGAAUCAAGAAGCUGAAUUUCGAGAACUGAAAAAACAAAGAGAUGAGUUUGAAAAAGACGUGAAACAAGCCACGUUGAUUAUAGCCCAAAAAACCACCGCCAAUGAAGAACUGGCCAGAGAUGUGGUCAAAGCGAACCAAAUGCUCGUCAAUUUCAAUCACUUAUUGGACACGAAGAAUCAAGAAAUUGAUGAACUCAAAAAUUCCAUCAGUCGACAAGAAAAAAUUAUCCAAGAGCAAAACCACAGGUUUCACGAAUUGUGUAAAGAGUUUGACGAAUAUAAAGCCGAAUACAACGUGGAAAGAAUCAAUAAAUUGUCACAAGAAUUGUUCACCGCCCAGAAAAAAGUCGAAGACGUUGAAAAAGUUAACAGGGAGACUGCUAAACUAAAUGAGCUACUUACAAGAAAAUUGGCGUCCGGUGAUUUUCCACGAAGGAAUUUUCUUUCAUAGCGUUAGAUUAAUUAUUGAUGUGCAAAUUUCCCAAAUAAAAAAAUAUUUAACACA